AUGGCGGCAUCGCAAACUAUCCAAGUCCCCCAUCUGGGCGGCAUCCAAGCCGGCUAUGCCCUCUCCAACGGUCGCUAUGAUCCUUCCAAGCCAACAUGCGUCCUGAUCAAUUCCAUGUGCAUGACUGUGUCGCUAUACCGCGAUCAGUUCAACGAUACCGCCCUGACUGAUGUGAUGAACCUGCUGGCGAUCGAGCCCCUCGGCCAUGGCGCGACCAGCUGCCCUUCGGAACAUUUCACCUAUUGGGAUUCGGCGCUGAUGGCGCUGCAAGUGAUGGAGAAGCUGGGGAUCAACAAGGCCUUUGCUCUGGGAACGAGUCAGGGUGGAUGGAUUGUCACCCGCAUGGCCUUGUUGGCUCCUGAACGGAUUCUCGGACUGAUGCCGCUGGGAACCUCAAUGGACUAUGAAUCAAGCGAUUCUCGAUCGAAAGGUUGCUGGGAUCCAGCCCCCAUCCUGCGUCCCUUCUUCGACAAAUGGACGAGCGCUGUACCAACCCCGAAUUUUCUGGUCGACGAUGUGUGGUGCGGCAUGGUCGGUGGCAUUGGCUUUGGGGCCGGAACUACUGCCGAAAUGACAGCUUUCUGGACGGAAACGGCGAGGCAGGUCUACAAGGGCGACGAGGGCCGCAAGAAGGUCCGCAUGGCGGUCGCCUGUCUGUUGUCGCGGGAUGGUCUCCUCAUGCGGCUGGGGGAUAUCAAGUGUCCAGUGUACUGGCUGCAGGGCACCGAGGAUACCCCGUUCGGCCAGACGGUGCCGGCAGAACAGAUCCAGCUCUUCACCUCAUCCAUAGAGGCGAAACUGACGAUGGUUGAGGGAGGAGCCCAUUAUCUCAAUGCCACCAACCCCCGGGAGGUGAAUGCGGCGUUGUUGGAACUGGUCAAUAAAUACAAGCAGAGAUAA